AUGAAUUUUUCAAGUAAAUUUCAAUUAAAUAUUCUAAAUAUAUUAAUUAUCUGCUUGAUACUUUUUGGUUAUCAAACAAAUUUCAAACAAACUUAUGGUGAAAUUAUAUGCAAAGGGCCAACAUUUACCUAUAAAGAUAGAUAUGAGUGGCCAAUACUAUUUCCCGGCUGUUCCGGUGAUCGUCAAUCGCCAAUCAAUAUAGACAGCCGACUGGCCAACUGUGCGCCAUUUAGUCUGGUACUGACCAACUAUUUGCUGGCCUACAAUCUGAUUGCCAGAAACAAUGGCGAUCUGGCACAGUUGACUAUCAAUGAUGAUGAUGAUGAUACUAUAGGUUCUGCUGCUAACAAUUUACCGUACAUACAGACAAGCUAUACGGGCGAUACCCGAUACCAGUUAAACAAUAUACAGUUUCAUUGGGGCCAAAACGAUGACCAAGGUAGCGAACAUUGUAUUGAUGAUAAGUUUGCAGCAGCUGAGAUAAUAUUUGUUCACAACAAUCAAAACUAUGAUAAUUUUGACGAUGCACUAACCCAUCGGGAUGGCCUACUGGUCGUAUCCACUAUGCUUGACCUACAGGACAAUGAUAAUUUGGAUUUGCAACCGUUUAUCGAUGUAUUGCCCUAUAUUGUCGAAUUUAAUACAACAGCACCCAUUGAUUCCGCGCAUACCGUUCCCUUUUAUUUGGGUAGACUGAUGCCCCAGGACAAACAAUCCAUGUACCUGUACGAGGGUUGUAUUAGUCAUCCGCCCUGUCAUCAAGCUGCUACUUGGUUUAUAUUUAGCAAACGCAUCGGUAUCAGUAGGGAACAGUUAAGCAAAUUUCGUCAAUUAAAAUGGGAACCAAUUGGCGACCAACAGAGCACCCGUAUACUGGAUAAUCGGCGACCAUUGCAGCCGAUCAAUGGACGUACGGUCUAUAGAUCCGAUGCUUAUGGAUGCAAAAAUUUUGUUGAUAGCAAUACAAUACCUUUGAAAAAACAUUAUACCUAUCAUCAGAGCCAACCGUGCAAUAAUUGGUAUAAAUGUGGACAACUAUGUUGCCAACCGGGCUAUUAUUGUCAAAGCGAUCUCAAUGGCAGCCAAUUUGAUUGUAUAAGUAGUUGUUAA